UUUCCCUACCUUGAAGUUCUUCUCUGCAAUAAAGUUCGUUCAUGGCUAUUCUACUUCCCUAAUGACUCUUCCUCAGGUGACGAAUUAACAUCAAAAUCUUUAUGGACUUGCCAAUUGCAAAGGCCAUUUAAGCAACAGGUGACAAUUGUGCUGAAAAAGGACUCUGUUUGGUCGAAGACUCAAUCUUUUCUGAGCAGAGCAUGUGGUGAAGUCAUUGGUUGCAGUAGGAUUUAACAAUGUCCAGCUGCAUGAUCAAACAUCAUUGGGCAAUACCAAUGAUAGCACUGGCCUCUCGACUGUCUGUCCGUGGUUUUCAGGUUACCCAAUUUGUUGUCAAAUGCAACAGCGAUGUAGCCUCAUUGGCUACUGCUUCAAGCCCCCCUUGGUCUAAUUCUGAGUCUAGUAAAUCAGAUGCAGUGACUGCCGCAACUGACAAGAAGCACGGGAGUAAGCAGGUUAUCAGUGUUACUCCGCGGCUCUACGACUACAUAUUAAAUAAUGUUAGAGAGUCAAAGAUAUUGCGUGAACUUAGAGAGGAGACUUCAACCAUGCACGGUAGUCAGAUGCAGGUUUCUCCUGAUCAAGCCCAACUACUCAGUAUGCUUGUCCAAAUCCUGGGAGCUAAAAGGUGCAUUGAAGUUGGGGUUUACACUGGAUAUUCAUCUCUGGCUAUUGCUUUGGCCCUGCCAGAAGGAGGUGAGUUAAUUGCAUGUGAGAGAGAUGCAAAAUCACUAGAAGUUGCCAGAAGAUACUACAAGCGUGCUGGUGUUUCACACAAGGUUGAUGUGAAACAUGGACUUGCUGCAGAUACUUUGAAGUCUAUGAUUUUGAACGGUGAAAGUUGCAGUUAUGACUUUGCUUUUGUGGAUGCUGAGAAGCGAAUGUAUCAGGAAUAUUUCGAGUUGCUGCUACAGCUGGUAAGAGUUGGAGGGGUUAUUGUGCUUGAUAAUGUCCUCUGGCAUGGGAAAGUUGCUGAUCCAUUGGUAAAUGAUGCAAAGACUAUUAGCAUAAGGAAUUUUAACAAGAAUUUGAUGGAGGAUGAGCGUGUAAGCACAAGUAUGGUUGCAAUUGGUGAUGGCAUGAUAAUUUGUCGGAAGAGAUAGAUAAACAAAGGAAACACUCUUUGCCCACAUGCAAAUGCAACAAGCGGAAGAAACUUCUUGUUGUGAGAAUUAGCUUUAUUUGGGAAGUGGUUACAAGUCUUUAUAACAUAGCUACGAUUGUUUCACUGGCAAACCACCAAGUAAAAUGUCGAAGUCCCUUACAUUUAGCUUCAGGUAGUGUCAUGGUUCAGCUUUAAUCGGAUACUAGUGCAUGAAGCACACCCAAUGUGUGUACGACUAAUGAAAAUAAAAACAUACGUUAAAAAAGUAA